GUUCGAAAUGAGAUGCAAAAACUGCAGGCCGAGGCACCACACAUUGUAGUUGGAACUCCUGGGCGAGUGUUUGAUAUGCUAAACAGAAGAUAUCUUUCUCCAAAAUGGAUCAAGAUGUUUGUUUUGGAUGAAGCAGAUGAAAUGUUGAGUCGUGGAUUCAAGGAUCAAAUCUAUGAGAUUUUCCAGAAACUAAGUACAAAUAUUCAGGUUGUGUUGCUCUCUGCCACAAUGCCAACUGAUGUGUUAGAAGUGACCAAAAAGUUCAUGAGAGAUCCUAUUCGCAUUCUUGUGAAGAAGGAAGAAUUGACCCUUGAGGGAAUUAAACAAUUCUACAUUAAUGUUGAAAGAGAGGAAUGGAAGCUGGAUACUCUUUGUGACUUGUAUGAGACACUGACCAUAACACAGGCUGUUAUUUUUCUGAACACAAGACGAAAGGUAGAUUGGCUGACUGAAAAGAUGCAUGCCAGGGAUUUCACAGUUUCUGCUCUGCAUGGUGACAUGGACCAGAAGGAGCGAGAUGUUAUCAUGAGGGAGUUCAGAUCAGGGUCAAGCCGGGUUCUGAUCACUACAGACUUGUUGGCUCGCGGGAUUGAUGUGCAGCAAGUAUCUUUGGUUAUAAACUAUGACCUACCUACCAAUCGUGAAAACUAUAUUCACAGAAUUGGCAGAGGUGGUCGCUUUGGGAGGAAAGGUGUGGCUAUAAACUUUGUUACUGAAGAAGACAAGAGGAUUCUUCGUGACAUUGAGACUUUCUACAAUACUACAGUGGAGGAGAUGCCAAUGAAUGUGGCUGAUCUUAUUUAAUCCCUGGGAUGAGAUGGUUUUGAAUGCAGUGCUCGCUGUUGGUGAAUAGGCGAUUCACAACGUGCAUUGUGCUUCUUUCUUUGGGAAUAUUGAAUCUUGUCUCAAUGCUCAUAACGGAUCAGAAAUACAGAUUUUUGAUAGCAAAGCGACUUUAGUCGUGAGCUCUUGUGGGGAAAGAGCUACUGGCUUUCUCCUUUAGAGUUAGACUGUUGGGGUUGGGUGUAAAAGAUAUGGGGUCUGUAAAAUCUUUCUUUAUUAGAAAUUUAUUUCCUAGUUCUGUAGAAAUGGUUGUAUUAGAUGUUCUCUAUCAUUUAAUAAUUUACUUGUGGACUAAAAGAUAUAAGUGCUGUAUAAAAUCAGCCAAUUAUGUUAAACUAGCAUAUCUGCCUUUAUUGUGUUAGUCAGUAGACUGAAUAGGAAAGGCUUUUCAAA